AGGAUCUUUCAUUUCACACCCCCAAGCUGAGUGUAUCCCCAUUAGCUAGGCAAAAAUAGGAGGGGACCACUUCCCGGCCCAGGCACACACAUAUCCCAAAAAGGAAAUACAAAGUCACGAUUUUGUUUCCCUUUUUUUUUUAUAUCUUCAUUGGACACGCUUAUGUAGCCAACCUAAAGAUUGAUGAAUAACGUAUUUAAACUGGCAGAUAGUUUAGAAGCUUUAGUAGACCAAGCUCAACCUAAUCUCGAUCGACUUGUGGACACGAGUCAAAAGAGAGUGUCUGAAUUAGUAGACAAAAAUAAAAAGAUGGUAACUGAUAUUUUAGAUCAAAAGAAACAGCUUGAAUCAAAUAUUGAAUUAAAACGUGAUCGUAUUGCGGAAUAUGAAGCAAAAUUACAACACAUCAACAUACCCACUCGUCCUUCUCCAAGCUCACAAGAACAACGACAACGCCAUCAAUCACUAGCAAAGCAAAAUGACUAUUUAAAAUCAGAUCGAGACAAACUUAAACAAGCUAUUCAAAGAAAGAAAGAUGAACAACAGAGUAAACAAGAGCAAGACACCACCCUCUUAUCACGAACAAAAGCUGAAUUACAAGCAUGUAUUGAAGUAACCAAGAUGGAAAUGAUCAAUAAACCGGGUGGUAAUGAAGUCAAGAUUGUCAUGAAAGCUAUUAAUCCACAUGAUCCUGAACAAGUGUUUAGUUUGACUCAUUAUUUAGAUGAACACAUGGAUUACAAAAUUAUUCAAAUCGACCCACCUUUACCGCAAAGUUUCUUGUUUCCAUUACUAGAAGAUUUAAACAUGUCUCGUGAUUUCUAUGGCUUUUUGAAAAAGAUUCGAAGUGCUUUUAAAGAUAUGGUGAAAGAAUAAAAAUUGAAUCACAGAAGCCAACGUCAUUUUUUUUUGUGGAACAAGGAGGUCUGCAGCAAGGGCAUUUAUUUUUUUUAUUUUUUCUUUUUUUUUUUUU